AUGGUAUUAAAGCUUCUAGACACCGACCGAGGCUGGUGGGUUCGGGCCUUCACGGCUGGAUCGAAGGAUAAGCCCUCAGAAGGGGAAAUCUACAGCCAAAGAGUAGACAAAUCUGGCUUCGGCCGCCCGUAUAAGCCGUCAUACCCCUUGCUGGUCCUCGAUGAUUCCGGGCCGGCGUCCCAGGAGCUCAUAGAAGGACUUCGAAAAGAUAAUUUACUAGAAUUCUUGAUCGAAGAGGGCCGGGAAGCCGACUUUGGCAGGCUGUACGGUCUUUAUAGAUCCCUCUACGAAGCAGGACACGAGCUAGAAGCCUGUACUCUCAUCAUAAGGCACUGGCUCGGUGAAUGCUGGAAUCACCACCCCAUAUGCCAAAGCGAGCCAGAGGGCUGGGUCCCCGAACUCCCCCGCCGCCUCAUCUACCUGGGCGAGCUUUCAACAACCACCGUUGAAAAGAUCAAGAUCAUAGACACCGAUGGCCACGCCGACUUCCAAUACAUUGCCGUGAGCUAUAGAUGGCCGAUGUACCUAUCCAAGAAUCAGCAAUUAAACGAAGACACGCGAGAUGCGUUCUACCGUGGCUAUCCAGUUUCACGCCUUCACCCUUUGUACGCGGACACGUUCAAAGUGGCGGCCAUGCUCGGCAUCAAAUACGUGUGGAUCGACGCACUUUGCAUCCUGCAAGGCACCGACCAAGACUGGCUCGCCGAAGGAUCCAAAGUAGCCUCUGUCUACGGAAACUCCGUCUUCACACUCGCCUAUGGGGACGGCCCCGACCUGCCGGGUCUGGACCCCGGGUGCCCGCCCUACCAUGAAAGCUGCCGCCUGGAAGAAGCGGUCCGGGCGGCCUCGAGGCCAUUUCUACAGGGAAAGCUGACAGAGUUUGACAGGAGGAACCCAGAGGCUCUCUACUCCUGGCUGGAGGCAAACGGCAACUUCCCCACAAGGACGGAGGGCGAGAUCGAUAAGCGAGGGUGGGCGUUCCAGGAAAGGCUGCUGUCGAAGAGGAUCCUCUCGGUGACCAAAGACGGUUUCUUCUGGGACUGCUGCAGCCUCAACACCGCCGGCUGCCGGCCUCUUGGGCUGCGGGGCGACUUCAGUCCCAAGUUCCGGGACCUGGAGGAGAGGCGGCUCAAGACGCUGCUGCUCACAGGAAACGUCAGCCGGGAGGUUGCUCUGGACAGCGGCAUGUACCUUCUCUGGAGGCAAAUCGUUGAAAAGUACAGCCGUCGGAACUUCACCUACAAUAGAGAUAGGCUCGUUGCCUUGAAAGGCGUCGUCCAGCGCUUCCAGACCGUGAUCAAGGAACCGUCUUUCUUGGGGAUGUGGCAAGGCGAUGUGCUCCGGUCGCUGGUGUGGUUCUGUGACAGGCAGCCGGACAGCCCGGACUUGUUGAGCUUGCAUAACGACCACCCUGAGCUCCGUGUCCCCUCAUGGUCCUGGGCGUCCGUGGAAUCUCCAGUUGGGUACCGACUCUGGCAUCCGUACCAGAGAUAUGCCACCCACAGCAUCGAAAGCGUGACCCUCUGUGCGGAUCUGGAAGGGAUAAAUGCCAAACUGGCGCCUGGUUCGUACUCAACUUACACCGGCACUGUAUCCGUAAAAGGGCCUCUUACGAAAAUAGCCCCCGGAGCGUUGAAGCGUCCGGGUUGCAAGGUGAUUCGAGAUUCGCAUCGUCCGACGAACAAAUUUGCCUUCUCUCAACUUCAACAUGUCUACAUCCUGCCUAUCCUAAAAGCUGGAUAUUCCGCGAACUUGCAGGCGUACUAUUGCCUUGUCCUUGUCGAAGCUGGAUUGGACCUGCGCAAUCCGGGUAGGGUUGUUAGAUUCAAGUCGGACAUAGAUAUGGGAAUGGAUCCGGAGAUGAAAUUCGAGCGCGUCGGGCUCUUCGUUGUCGAUUGUGCCACAAGACACAACCUCUGCUUCAACGACCCGUCCUUCUGCCGAAAUGAAGAAUGCAGGAAGAUACUCAGUCUUGGUAAUGAGGGCAAGGAGACACGCCAUUACACAGGCGAGGCUCGCUGUUUGGGAAGAACAAGGAUUGUUCGCAUCGUCUAG